AUGCUCAGAUUUUGAAGAAUCGUUGGCGGAGAAGAAGCGGGGUUUGGGACGUUUCCAUGGCAAGCCUAUAUUAGGAUAGGAUCGUCAAGGUGCGGCGGCUCCCUAGUUAGUCGACGGCAUGUUGUGACCGCAGGUCACUGUGUGGCGCGAGCGUCUCCUCGGCAGGUCCACGUUACCCUUGGAGAUUACGUCAUCAACUCUGCAGUGGAACCAUUGCCGGCGUAUACGUUUGGAGUUUCCAGCAUACAGAGAAUCCAAGCUCGCACACAGCCCAAAAAGCAAGGCAGUAUUUAA